GGAAGUCAGCGUCAUCCCAGCGACCGCUAACGAAACGCACUCAGAGCCUACGUACAAUUUGCGUGCGGCCAACGUUUCUCCGAUAGCUUCAUUCGGUCAGCGCAUGAUGAACCUAGACCUCAAUCUUCGCCGAGAUUUUCAGUGGGUCUUCAUGGUUGCGUCUGUACCCCUCGCAAUUAUCGGUAUCGACUUCCUCCGACAUUUUGGGUUGCUUGUUGAUGCUGGUCGCCACAGACUUUUAGACGAUCGUACGAAACUAGGUGUUGAUGGUGUCCUUUCAGAUGCCCCGAUAAUCAGCCCUGUAUUUCGGAUCGCAGACGCACCGUCCGACUAUUUGAGCCUCCUCUCCGAACACCCGCGACUGGUUCGACCGGCUGCAGAGCUUCCACCAGUCACGACAGAGGUCGCUCACCACAUAGUUACGCGCGGUCAACCAGUUAGCGCACGACCAAGACGGCUUGCUCCAGACAAACUACGGGCAGCACGAGCCGAAUUUGACCACAUGCUUCAACUUGGUAUCGUCAGACCGUCCAACAGCCCAUGGGCGUCGCCUCUGCACAUGGUCCCGAAGAAGGUCAUGGGGGACUGGCGUCCUUGCGGCGACUAUCGAUCCUUGAAUACGGUGACCACGCCUGAUCGCUAUCCGAUCCCACACAUAGUGGAUCUCACCGCCAGUCUGGCAGGUAAAAGUAUCUUCAGCAAAAUCGACUUGGUACGCGCAUACAACCAAAUUCCGGUAGCCGAAGCGGACAUCGCUAAAACUGCCGUGACGACUCCAUUUGGUUUGUUCGAGUUUCUGCGCAUGCCAUUUGGCCUAAAGAACGCCGCGCAAACUUUUCAGCGUUUCAUCGACCAAGUUUGUCGCGGUUUAGACUUCGCUUACGCGUAUCUUGAUGACAUUUUAAUCGCAAGCUCUUCACGAGAAGAGCAAAUGCGCCACGUACGAACACUUUUUGAUCGUUUAUCUCAACACGGGGUGACGAUCAACGCAGAAAAGUGUUCGUUUGGUGUCGAUUCAGUCAAUUUCCUCGGCCAUCGUAUCUCCUUCUGCAGGCGUCGUGCCACUGCAGGAUAAAAUUCAAGCCAUCAUCGACUACCCCGAGCCUCAUUCUUUCAAACAGCUCAGGCGUUUUGAUGGCCUUGUCAACUUUUACCGACGAUUUAUACCCAACUGCGCCUCGCUGAUGCAACCCCUCACGGACCUUCUCCGAGGGAAACUCAAGAAAUUCGAAUUUCCUGCCGCAGCACGCGCUGCUUUUAAGUCGCUGAAAGAGGCUAUCGCCAACAUAGCUUCUAUAGCGCAUCACGAUCCGGCCGCCCCACUGUCCCUCAGUACUGACGCCUCGGACGUGGCAGUCGGCGCUGUUUUGCAGCAACGAGUAGCCGACACGUGGCAACCCUUAGCGUUUUUCUCCAAACGCCUACAACCUACCGAAUCUCGCUACAGCACGUUCGGUAGAGAACUACUAGCCGUAUAUCUAGCGAUACGUCACUUUCGACACGUCCUAGAAGGCCGCUCCUUUGUCGUCUUCACCGACCACAAACCCCUGACUUACGUGCUCGGCUCGACUACCGACCGAUACUCUCCUAGAGAGUCGCGCCACCUUGACUAUAUCGCUCAGUUUACGACCGAUAUACGGCAUGUCUCAGGUGUGCACAACGCCGUCGCCGAUGCACUUUCCCGCAUCCAAGCUAUCUCCGCUGACGCCGGCACUGCUAUCGACUUGGCAGCCAUGGCCACAGCACAACUCAACGAUCCUGAGGUUGAUCUACUACGCAGGUCUCCCUCAUUGGAUAUACGACCCGUUCCGCUGACAUCAUCAGACGGAACGAUACUCUGCGAUUUAUCUCUGGGCACGCCGCGCCCAGUCGUCCCACGCGAGUUUCGGCAGACCGUGUUCGACGCGUUGCACGGCUUGUCUCAUCCAGGCGUUCGUGCAUCGGUUAAACUCGUAACCGCACGAUUCGUUUGGCGCAAUGUUAAUCGGGACGUCCGUACCUGGGCAGCUGCUUGCCUUCCGUGUCAACGCGCGAAGGUGCACAAGCACACGAGAAGCCCAUUAGGCACGUUUCCGACGCCAGACGCACGUUUUCAUCACGUGCACGUCGACCUCGUAGGUCCUCUGCCGCCUUCCAAAGGCUCUGUAUAUCUACUGACCUGCAUCGAUCGAUUUACUAGAUGGCCUGAGGCCGUCCCUAUCCCAAAUUGCUCCUCGGAAACGGUAGCGAAAGCUUUUAUGGAGCGCUGGGUAGCUCAAUACGGCUGUCCCGCCAUCGUGACCACCGAUCGAGGGUCACAUUUCUCGUCGACAUUUGCCAUGUUGCUUAAGGAUUUAGGCUGUCGCCACGUCCAGACGACGGCGUAUCAUCCGGCCGCUAACGGCAUGGUGGAGCGUUUUCACCGCCAGUUGAAGGCAGCGCUACGUGCGCACGCAGAUCCUUCAUGGUCUGAAACGCUUCCCCUCGUUCUCCUAGGCUUAAGAAACACGGUUAAAACCGAUUUCGACGCCACACCAGCGCAGCUAGUCUACGGUUGCACGCUGCGGUUGCCCGGACAGCUGGUAGCACCAGCCCCAUGUACUUCCACUUUUGACUACGGAAGUUACACUGAUCGAUUGGCUCACCAGAUGCGUGAGCUACGUCCACCCGCUCCUCGAUCGCAGAAGACACCAGUGUACGUGCCCGAGAAGCUGUCUACGUGUUCACACGUCCUUCUUCGCGCAGACGGUGUUCGACAGCCUCUUCAGUCGCCGUACAUAGGACCCUUCAAGGUGCUACAUCGUGCGAGUAAGGCGUACACUAUUGACCGCGGUGGUCGACACGAAGUCGUCACCAUCGACCGUCUGAAACCCGCCUUUAUGGAAGAAACUACCUCGCCUACUUCGUCUAGUAGUGCCUCGUGCGACGUCACAACUCACCGCACCAGUUUUCCGCAUGCUAAUGAAGUCCAACCAGACCACGAUCACGGUCUACAAGCUUCAGCCGUCCCGACAUCUCCCGAACCUAGUCCGCCGCCUCCCACGACCAAUCGCCGUGGUCGGGAGGUGCGUAAGCCCGUUCGUUUCUCCGACUAUGUACAGUGUAAAUACUUUUAACUUUGUAGAUAUUGUAUAUAUUUGCCCCAUUUUUGGUCGAUUAACGUUUUGAAAACAAACAAAAAUAUCAAAAAACCUCCGAAAAACCUUUUUCGAAAAAAUAUUCAAAAACCAAAAAAUAUUUAAACACGCAGAUCAUUCGUUUGUUCUUUUUGGCGUUUUCUGCGCGUGUUUUUCUAUUUUCUCGUCUCUACAUGCCCCAACCCUCCCCUUCGAUCGACUGGCCCACACGAGGAAUGUUUUCGAGGACCCUGACGCGAACACUGGUCGUUUCUCCGCGGGACGAAUGUCGCUUCUCCGCGGGACGAGGAUCGCUUCUCCGCGGGACGAGGAUCGCUUCUUCGCGGGACGAGGGUCGUUUCUCCGUGGGACCAUGGUCGUUUCUACGUGGGACGAGGGUCGUUUUGGCGCGGGGCGGGGUGCGGCGGGGGAGAGACCACUCCCAAGCGCACCGUUUGGCAGCAGCGGAGGUUGAGGUCCUGUCGGCCUUUUUCUGGGCUAGCCAGUUUUUUGUAGUCCGACAAGCCCGCUCCAACGGCUCGCCGAAAUGCACCCUGCCCUGCAAUCAAUAAAUAACAAAUCAUAAACGGCACAGCGGACUCCGACUUCCGACGAACCCCCAUUUACACGAACGCACGCUCAUUUUUACUCGGCACGAUUUUGCCUUACGAACCUCGUUUCAACAUUCCUUUUCGAUUUCGAAGGCUUUCUAUGUUCAGCCUUCUAGGGGGGAGCUCUGUAGCGCCCAAAAAGAUAACUCUUAUCUUUCAUGUACAAUUUACUUGUUGACCGAUUGUACAUUACUCUUCUUGUUUUAAUCUUACAACCGGCUCGACACACAACUGCCUUGUAAGUUCCCGCGCUCACGUGUACGCUCUCGCCUCGCUUCAUCCGUCCGCUUCUUAUUGUAGCCCAUCGAAUACAAUCCGCUGUGUCCGACUCC